CGGGGAGUUUCCCCUUUAACUGGAGGCUGCGUGCCCACAUCCUGGACAGCUCCAUCUACUCCAACAGACCCAAGGUGCAGACACUCUUCUACGUGGCGGGCAUGGCCUGGGAUGAUGAAGACCCCGCCGACCACCUGCCCUGCGUCAAGAUGUUUGCCUUCCCGGAGACCAGGGAGGUGGCGGCCAGCUGCCGGCUGCAGGGGGCCCCGGGGCUGUGCGUGGCCGAGCUGGAGCUGCUGCCCGAGUGGUUCAGCUCGGGCCUGGACCUGGAGCCCGAGGAGGAGAUCCCGGCGCUGCUGGGAGGCACAGCCAUGGAACUCUUCUUCUCACUGUUUGCAGCCGACGAGACGGGUCGGUGCCCGCUGGAGGAGGAGGGCAAGUGGGAAAACAACAUCCACGCAGGCCCGGAGGGUGCCCCGCCGGCGCCGCCUGCCCGGGAGAGGAUCGGGAGUGUGGUGGUCUACCCGACGCAGGAUGACCUCAAGUGGUCGCUGCUGAACCUGGACGAGAACCUGGCUCUGUCGGUGCCGCUGAACCUCGUCCGCGAAGGGGACACGGCCACCUUCCUGGUCUCCCUGACUGGCGGCUCUACAGCAGACCAAUUCACCCUGAGAAUCAAGGCGGCAGUGGGCGUGAAGAUAACCGCUGUGAGGGUCGGUGAGGACGACCAGUGGACUGUCCAGGAGCAGAUCGAGCAGGAUGGCGCUCAGACCACGGCCAGCCUGACCUGCGUGGGCCGCCCCCGGGAUGUGCAGAACAGGGCAAAUGGCUCCCUGCACGAGAUCCUGCAAGUGGACUUUGGAGUGGACAACAGCAGCGGCCUGGCGGGGGCCCAGCAGAUCACCUGGCAGGACACGGAGAUUCUGAACACCGCCAUCCUCACCGGCAAGCCAGUCUCAGUGCCCGUCAAGGUUGUGGCUGUCCAGGAGGAUGGCUCCGUGGUGCACGUCUCGGAGUCUGUGGAGUGCAGGUCGGCCGACGAGGAUGUCGUCAAGGUUUCCAACAACUGUGACUCCAUUUUUGUGAAUGGGAAAGAAAUGAAGAGUAGAGUGGACACCAUUGUGAACUUCACCCACCAGCACUUCACGUCCCAGUUAGAAGUCACAGUGUGGGCGCCCCGGCUGCCCCUGCAGAUCGAGAUCUCGGACACGGAGCUGAGCCAGAUCAAAGGCUGGCGGAUCCCAGUGGCCUCCAACAGAAGGCCCACCCGCGAGAGCGAUGAUGAGGAGGAUGAGGAGAAGAAGGGGCGCGGGUGCUCCCUGCAGUACCAGCAUGCUGUGGUGCGCGUCCUCACCCAGUUUGUGACCGAGUCGCCGGACCUGGGCCAGCUGACCUACAUGCUGGGCUCUGAGUGGCAGUUUGACAUCACUGACCUUGUGACCGAGUUCAUGAAGGUGGAGGAGCCGAAAGUUGCCCAGUUGCAGGAUGGCAGGACGCUGGCUGGUCGGGAGCCGGGGAUCACCACUGUGCAGGUGCUCUCGCCUCUGUCCGACUCCAUCUUGGCCGAGAAGACGGUGAUCGUCCUGGAUGACCGCGUCACCAUCACGGAGCUGGGCGUACAGCUGGUGGCUGGCUUAUCUCUUUCCCUGCAGCCUCACCGGGCAGACAAAAGGGCUCUCGUCGCCAUAGCAACAGCCCAGGACGUUCUUCAAGCCCCGCAGCAGGAAGCCACAGUCAGUGCUUGGAUUUUGCUCAGCGAUGGCUCGGUAACGCCUUUAGACAUCUAUGAGCCCAAGGAUUUUUCUGCUACUGUCUCAUCCCUGGAUGAAAUGGUGGUGUCUGUGCAGCCAAACCUUCAGUCCCAGUGGCCACUGGUGGUGGCGGAAGGCGAGGGUCAAGGCCCCUUGAUCAAGCUGGAGAUGACCAUCAGUGAGCCUUGCCAGAAGACCAAGAGGAAGAGCAUCCUUGCCGUAGGUAAAGGAUACGUCAAGGUCAAAUUUGAACCGGGAAUCGGUGAGCACCCUGGAGGCACCAAUGACAUCGAGGGUGUGAGCCGAGAGUACAAACACCACCUUAGUAAUUCCAUCGAGCGUGAGGGGAGCCACGAGAGAGCUGUACAGGAGUGGCCACACCAUGGCGCCCCUGCUGGCACGGAGGACAGCACCAAUAGGAGCGCAAGCUCCCACUCUCCGGCAGAGGGGAGGGGUAAGAAGCCACUUCGCAGCGGGGGCUUGGAUGCCUUCACCAGCUUCCCCACUCAAGGGAAGCUGCCAGGACCCCAUGAUCCCAGUGACCUCACAGUGGCCUCCAGGGGCCUGAGUGACCUGGAGAUCGGCAUGUAUGCGCUGCUCUGCGUCUUCUGCCUGGCCAUCCUCGUCUUCCUCAUCAACUGCGUGGCGUUUGCCUGGAAAUACAGACACAAAAGGCUGGCAGUGAGUGAGCAAGGCAACAUCCCGCACUCUCACGACUGGGUGUGGCUGGGGAAUGAAGUGGAGCUGCUGGAGAACCCGGUGGACAUCACUCUGCCGUCGGAGGAGUGCACGACCGUGCUGGACAGGGGGCUGCCGUUCGAGGAGCGGAACUUCCUGCUCAACGGCAGUUCCCAGAAGACUUUCCACAGUCACCUGCUCAGACCUUCCGACUAUGGCUACGAGAAAGAGAUGAAGAGCGAGCCUGUGAACCCCUCGGGGCCCAAGAGGAAGCGAGUCAAGUUUACUUCCUACACUACCAUCCUCCCUGAGGACGGCGGCCCCUACACCAACUCCGUCUUGUUUGACAGCGACGACAACAUCAAGUGGGUCUGCCAGGACGUGGGGCUGGGGGCCUCGCAGGACUUCCGGGACUACAUGGAGAGGCUGCAGGACCAGAUGUAACUGCUUUCUUAUGUUCGUAUUCACCUUUAUGCCUUCUGUUUUUGGGAUGGUGGAGCAGUGGGUCUGAUCUGCAAUAGGGGGUGACUACCAGAGUGUUUGUGGAGGUCUGUUGGCAUCCCUUGCUCAGCAGGUGUCUGACCGAGGCUUGCGCAGCC